AUGAGUGCGCAGGAGGCGCCCUCCACGACCGGCGUGCCGAGCGCGUCGGGCGCCGUGUCGAGCGGAUCGAGUGCUGUGAAGAAGCGCUCGGCAUCGUCCGAGCGGCGGCAUGGGCCCCGGCGCGACCCCCGCUCGAGCCACGCGCCGCCGAAAGGCAAGCAGCCCAAGAUGCUCGGCCAGUAUGUCCUGCAGCAGACGCUGGGCAGUGGCAGCUUUGGCAAAGUCAAAUUGGCCACGCAUGCGCUUACAGGGCACCGCGUCGCGGUCAAGAUCAUCAACAAGCGCAAGAUCUCGUCGAUGGACAUUGGCGGCCGCAUCAAGCGCGAGAUCCAGUACCUCAAGCUCUUGCGGCAUCCUCACAUCAUCAAGCUGUACGAGGUAAUUACGACGCCGUCUGAUAUCAUCAUGGUGAUCGAGUACGCCGGCGGCGAGCUCUUCCAGUACAUUGUGGACAACGGCCGGAUGGAGGAGAGCGAGGCGCGCCGCUUCUUUCAGCAGAUCAUCGCCGCGACGGACUACUGCCACCGGCACAAGAUUGCGCACCGCGAUCUGAAACCCGAGAACCUGCUGCUCGAUGAGUUCCUCAACGUCAAGAUUGGCGACUUUGGCCUCUCCAACUUUAUGACCGACGGCGACUUUCUCAAGACGAGCUGCGGCUCGCCGAACUAUGCCGCACCCGAGGUCAUCUCGGGACGCCUCUACUCGGGGCCGGAGGUGGACGUAUGGAGCUGCGGCGUGAUCCUGUACGUGAUGCUCUGCGGCCGCCUGCCGUUUGACGACGACUAUAUUCCGACGCUGUUUAUGAAGAUCAACAAGGGCAUCUACACCCUGCCUCCGUACCUCUCGCAGGAGGCCAAGGACCUCUUGUCGAGCAUGCUGGUCGUCGAUCCCGUAAAGCGCAUCACCAUCGCCGAGAUCCAGCAGCUCCCGUGGUUCCAAACCAAUCUCCCAGCCUACCUCCAGACGAUUCCCACAACGCCGAGCGUGGAGAAGAAAAACUUCCAGCUGGGCAAGGCACCCGAAAUGGACGAUACGCUGAACAACGACGAAGCGUCUCUGGACCGCGCCCAGGAAGAGCCCGCGCCGCAACACGAAUCGAUUAAUCCGGCGCUCUACUCGCAGGAGCUCGGCGCGAUCGACCCCUUGUUUGUCGACGAGCUCAUGGGCAAGGUCCAGGGCUUCUCGCGCCACGAUGUCCUCGAGCUCUUGCGCGCACCGAAUACCAACCAGAUGAAAGUCGCCUACAGUCUCGUGCGUGACUACCACAAGAUGCUCGCGAUGGCCAGCAGCAUGCUGCUGGACACGCAGAUUGCCGAGGAGGGCGAAGAGGCGGCUGCGCAGGCGCAUCCGGCCAUGGCCAACUUCCUCGCCAAGAGCCCGCCGGCAUGGAACGAGGGGCUCGAGGGGCAUUUGAAUCGCUCGACCAGCGUCCGGAGCCAGAGCAAGCCCAGCCAGCUCCCGCGCAAGGGCCACCGCACCUCGUCGGGCGCCUCGCUCGACGGGCCGAUCGAAUCCAUGACGCCGAUCGACUCGCCACUCAUCCGCCGCUCCGGCAACACCACGGACCUGAUGCACUCCGACGGCAGUCCAGCCGCACCGAUGCGCAGCCGCUCGCGGCGCCCGUCGCGGCGCGGCGCGGCGCCGGACGAGGACCUCAAGACACGCGUCAACGAGCUGAUGGCCUCGGUCGAGGAUGAGACGCUCGAAGGCAGCGAAAUUGAGGACCACGGCGCGCUGUCGGAAGAGGAGAGCGACGUCAACUCGGGGCGCUACGACGACGAAGGCUCCGAGUCGGACUUUUCCGAGAACGACGACGAGUACUUGAGCUUUGAUAUGGUCGACGAGCUUCCCCCGCUCUCGGAGCCGAUGAUGGGAACGAACGGCGCGUCUCCUGCUGAGAACAUCACAGAAAAGUACAUGCACCGCACCUCGCACCUCGCGAUUCUCGACUCGAGUCUGCCGGGCUUUCACCGCGCACUCGCCGAGGGGUCCGAGUCGGAUGCCACGUCCGCUGCAAUGAGCCAGCGUACAACGUCCUCUGUUCCUUCGCGCCGCAAUCGCUCGCACUGGCACUUUGGUAUCCGCUCGCGGAGCCGGCCGAUGGAGAUCAUGCUCGAGCUCUACCGCACGAUGCAGGCGCUCAACAUGGAGUGGGCGCCCAAGACCCCGCUCCCUCCGGUCAGCGCCGGACUCGAGAACAUGACGUCGGACGAGCGCCAGCAGGUGCUGGAUGCGCUGAACGAAGAAGUCUUUUAUGCACAGACGCAGUGCGUCUUGAUGGGCGUCAAGAUUCGCAUGGACCUACAGCUGUACCGCGUGGACUCUAACUCGUACCUGGUCGAUUUCCGCAACGUCGGCUAUGCUAGGACUACUGACUUGGACGCCGAUGCGCAAAACGGCGAGGUGAAUGCCUUGCGCCGCGACGGCCCUGCGCCCCAGGCCACGCAUGUCACGUCGCCGUCCUACCGUGACUCGUUCUGGUGGCUGCUGACUUCGUCCAAGAUCAAUGUGUUGCUCAUUUUUGUGCCGCUCGGUUUCCUUGCCGAGGCGCUCCACUGGGGUCCGCUCUCCGUGUUCCUGCUCAACUUCUUUGCGAUCGUGCCGCUUGCCAAGCUGCUCGGUGACGCGACCGAGCAGGUCAGCAUCCGCCUCGGCCCCACGCUCGGUGGUCUGCUGAACGCGACCUUUGGCAAUGCCGUCGAGCUGAUCGUCGCAAUCGUGGCGCUGAUGCAGGGACAGCUGCGCAUUGUGCAGAUGUCUCUCAUCGGCUCGAUCCUCUCCAACCUGCUCCUCGUGCUCGGAAUGAGCUUCGUCGCGGGUGGUCUCUAUAAGAACGAGAACCGCUUUGCGCAGACCCCUGCGCAGGCCUCGGGCUCCAUAAUGACUUUGGGCUGCUUCACGAUGGUGAUCCCUGCUGCGUACUGGGCCUCGGUCCAGGAGCAGCUCUCGGGUGUUGCUGUCGAGGCGUCGAAGCACAAGGAGGCUGUCGUUGGCCAGAGCGGUCUGCUCUUCAUCUCGCGCGGCACGUCGAUCCUGCUGCUCGGUAUCUACAUCGGCUACCUGUACUUCCAGCUCAAGUCGCACGCCUACCUCUACGAGGACAUCGAGGAGGAGGAGCACGAGGAGGAGAGGAUGUCACCCCGCGCUGCCAUUGCUGCUUUGCUCCUUGUGACUGUCAUCACCUCGUUCAAUGCCGACUACCUCGUCUCGGCGAUUGACGACGUGGCGAACGAGUACAAGAUCUCCAAGGUGUUUAUCGGUAUUGUGCUGCUUCCCAUUGUCGGCAACGCCGCCGAGCACGUCACCUCGAUCUGGAUGGCUGCCAAGGACAAGAUGGAAAUUGCACUCGGCGUCGCGGUCGGUUCCUCGAUCCAGAUCUGCCUUGGCCUCGUGCCCGCGCUUGUGAUUGUCGGCUGGCUCGUCGGCCAGCCGCUCUCGCUCUACUUCCACAACUUUGAGACGAUCACCCUGGUCGCCUCGGUGCUGCUUGUUUCGAGCCUGAUCCAGGACGGAAAGAGCAACUACCUCGAGGGCGCCAUGCUUGUCGCGCUUUACCUGGUCGUCGCCAUGUCGUUCUGGGUUCAACCUUCGUAA